UGGUGCCAAGGGGCGAGACUCACUGGCUCAGAGGAGGACUCGCCUGCCAGCAGGGAAACUUCCCUCCAGCUCCCAGGGCAGGUCUCGUCCUCUCUCCAGCCCUGCUCAGGCAUUUGGCAGGUUCAGGUCCGGCAGAAGCACAGCUCCUGCAGCUCCAAGCACACCUCCAGCCUGAUGGGACCAACCGAGGAGGCUCCCAAGAGCACAGGAGUGGCUGCAACCCAGCUUUCCAGACCCACUCUCUUUCAAGAACACUGGGCUUUUCCUUCCGACCUUACUUCUUGCUCCAUCAGCUGCUGAAAUGCAUUUUCCCCUCUCCUCACAAAUGCUAUUUUCCUGGGGCUGCUGUGCCCACACACCUGUUGCUUCCUGGGCCUGCUCUGUGGCUAUAAAGGGAAAGAACACCCCUGCCUGUGGGGGUGACUCACGUCCAGCCUCCAGCUGCAGCUGAGCGGCCAUGGGACCUGCAGGAAAAAAGGCCACAUACUUCCCACAGGUGACUCUUCCACCCCAGCUCAACCACAGCUACCUCCUGAGCUCAUAAAGCUGAAGUUCUGGCCCUCCCUGGGCUCCUGACAUACUCAGACUCCAUGGACACCCGGCCAGGGGCGCAGGACUUUGUCCCAAAGCUGGGGCCACUCAAUGAGACUUAGUUCUCUCCUGUUGCUUCUCCAGGUACCCAGAAAGUGAGGAGCUCCACGCAGGACUGCACACGUCGGCCAACACCCGCAGGGAUGCCCACUGGAUGAGCACGAGAGGGCCCUUGCCUCCAUGGGCGUGCCAUGCCAGCGGGCAGAGCAUCUGUUUUUCCCACCCUCUGCAAUUAACAAACCCAACCCAAACUGCCACAGGUGUUCCUCGUGGGGAGUUUCCUGUCCUACAAAUGCUGGGCUCAUUUCGAGGAGAGUCACGUUUCUUUCUAAAGAUGGAUUCAUUGUUUGAAACAGAUCUCUGGGAGCCUUCCGGCAAAUCUUGAAAGCCGCACGGCGCAGAGACAUGGAUGUUACUUCCCAAGCCCAGGGCAUGGGCCUGGAGAUGUACCCAGGCACCGCACAGCCAGCAGCCCCCAACAGCACCUCCCCCGAGCUCAACCUGUCCCACCUGCUCCUGGGCACCUCCCUGACAAAUGGGACAGGCGAGCUCUCGGAGCACCAGCAGUAUGUGAUCGGCCUCUUCCUCUCGUGCCUCUACACCAUCUUCCUCUUCCCCAUCGGCUUUGUGGGCAACAUCCUGAUCCUAGUGGUGAACAUCAGCUUCCGCGAGAAGAUGACCAUCCCCGACCUGUACUUCAUCAACCUGGCAGUGGCGGACCUCAUCCUGGUGGCCGACUCCCUGAUCGAGGUCUUCAACCUGCACGAGCAGUACUAUGACAUCGCCGUCCUGUGCACCUUCAUGUCGCUCUUCCUGCAGGUCAACAUGUACAGCAGCGUCUUCUUCCUCACCUGGAUGAGCUUCGACCGCUACCUCGCCCUGGCCAGGGCCAUGCGCUGCAGCCUGUUCCGUACCAAGCACCACGCGCGACUAAGCUGCGGCCUCAUCUGGAUGGUGUCCGUGUCAGCCACGCUGGUGCCUUUCACCGCCGUGCACCUGCAGCACACUGAUGAGGCCUGCUUUUGUUUCGCGGAUGUCCGGGAGGUGCAGUGGCUGGAGGUCACACUGGGCUUCAUUGUGCCCUUCGCUAUCAUCGGUCUCUGCUACUCCCUCAUCGUCCGGGUGCUGGUCAGGGCACACCGGCACCGUGGGCUGCGGCCGCGGCGGCAGAAGGCGCUCCGCAUGAUCCUGGCGGUGGUGCUGGUCUUCUUCGUCUGCUGGCUGCCAGAGAAUGUCUUCAUCAGCGUGCACCUCCUGCAGCGGACGCAGCCUGGGGCCGCUCCCUGCAAGCAGUCUUUCCGCCAUGCCCACCCGCUCACCGGCCACAUCGUCAACCUGGCAGCGUUCUCCAACAGCUGCCUCAACCCCCUCAUCUACAGCUUUCUAGGGGAAACCUUCAGGGACAAGCUGAGGCUGUACAUUGAGCAGAAAACAAACUUGCCGGCCCUGAACCGCUUCUGCCACGCCGCCCUGAAGGCCGUCAUUCCAGAUAGCACCGAGCAGUCGGAUGUGAGGUUCAGCAGUGCCGUGUAGCCAGCCUCGGCCGCAGGGGAGCCGCGGGGUGUGACUCUCAGGAGCUGCACGCACCUGGGUGGACAGAAGGCAUUGCCACGUCCUGUCUCUAUACUGUGGCCAGAUGUGGCUACCGGCUCCUUGGGGCCUUGAGAGGGUCAUGGUCAGAUGUGGCUACUGGCUCCUUGGGACCUUGUGAGGGUCACACUUGCCUGGUCCCCCUGAGGGUGCUGAGGCAACCUCAAGACAGGUCCUUCUUGAUUUUGCAGUGCUCACAUAGAAUUGCUACAGUCAAAAAACGCUCGCCCUGCAGGGUCCAAAGGCCAGCAGUGACUAGUCUGUUGCCCAGCUCCUCCCCACACAACCUGCCUGCCGCCACAGGAAGUGGUUCUGACGCCUUUGACCAUGAAAGCCACACAGAGAGGCUGCUGUGGAUGAAGUAACUUAGUGACACGGUGACCCUAAAGCAAAUCUACCACUGUAGGAGAGCUGACGCUGGAGAUACAAGGCACUGGCGGGGCUGAGCUACAUGCCACUGUGUGCCCUCUGCACCUGCAGUCCGGAAUGCACGAGGUGCGAGCUACCACUGAGCUAAGGAGAAAAAGGAAAACACACUGCUCUGGUGCACACCUGAGCAUCCUCCAUUUUCCAGGACAGCAGCAAUGGCGCUGCGUGGCCUCGCCACACCCACGAGGAACACCGGGAGUUCGGCCCGUAGCAGCAGGAAGGCCUCUCUGCCAAGUGCCCGCUGCACCCUCCAUCUUCCAGGACAGCAGCAACAGCACUGCGCGGCCUCGCCAGGCCUGCAAGAAGCACCGGGUGCUCGGCCCAUGGCAGCAGGAAGGCCCCUCUGCCGAGUGCCCGCCGCCUGCUCCAAGGCAUUCAGCUGCUGCUUAUUUACAUCAUCAUGGCAACCACACUCACGUGGACAGACACUGUGCGAGCGGCCGUGCGGGUUAAAGGGGUGCCAGGACAAUGAAAUACUCCAGGCAAGUGUGGCUGACAAAUUUGCUUUUGCAGAAAUAACAGUGGGGACAACUGCAGUGAUGAUGUAAAAACCUUCCCAUAAAAUGUAAGAAAAGCUGAUGAGGCUGGGGAUGCUAGGCCUUUGUCAAUAAAACAGUCAUGUGUGGAUUCUU